AUGAGGGUAGAUGUUGUUUCAAAGUCAUUCCUUAAGUCAGAAGAUUUCCAAUAUGAACCUUGGUUUGGUUCACGUUAUGUGGAAGAAGAUAUUGCACAAAAUUUGAUGGAAUUGUGGAGAAAUUCUCCAGAAAUUGAUUCUGCGCUGCAUCUUCCUUCCAAGAAUGAGUUUAUUCCAAGUGACUUUUCUAUACGUGCUAGUGACACAUGUGUUGAUGAUUCUGCAAAUUCAACUUCUCCUAGAUGCAUAGUUGAUGAAGCAUUAAUAAAAUUCUGGUACAAGCCGGAUAGCAUUUUCAAAGUUCCUCGUGCCAAUACAUUUUUCCGAAUUAGCAUGAAGGGUGGAUACGCUGACGUGAAGAGUUGUGUUCUAUCUGAAUUGUUCAUUCACCUUCUGAAAGACGAGUUGAAUGAAAUCACAUACCAGGCUAGUGUUGCCAAGUUAGAAACUUCUGUUGCUUAUGUUGGUGACAUGCUUGAGCUGAAGGUCUAUGGAUUCAGCGAGAAGCUUCCUGUUCUGUUAUCUAAGUUUUUUUCUGUAUCUAAAUCCUUCAUGCCCACUGAUGAUCGGUUUAAGGUCAUAAAAGAAGAUAUGAAGAGAGCUUUGAAGAACUCCAACAUGAAGCCUCUAAGCCAUUCAACAUAUUUGAGAUUGCAAGUUUUGUGUGAGAGCUUCUAUGACGUUGAUGAGAAGCUGCAUUAUCUAAAUGAUUUGUGUCUUGAUGAUCUUAAGGCAUUUGUCCCUGGGCUUCUUUCUCAGCUAUAUGUGGAGGGUCUAUGCCACGGAAAUCUGUCAAAGGAAGAAGCAAUUAGCAUAUCAAAUAUAUUUAAAAUGAAUUUUCCUGUAAAUCCACUCCCUAUUGAGUUAAGGCAUGCUGAGCAGGUUAUUUGCCUCCCAUCUGGUGUCAAUUUAGUUAGAAAUGUCAGUGUGAAGAAUAAGUCGGAAAAGAACUCUGUGGCUGAGCUUUAUUUUCAAAUUGAGCCAGAUUUUGGUUUGGGGUCAAUCAAAUUGAAAGCUUUGAUUGAUCUUUUUGAGGAAAUUGUGGAGGAGCCAUUUUUUAAUCAGCUGAGGACAAAAGAGCAGCUUGGUUAUGUUGUUGAAUGCAGCCCACGCGUAACAUACCGUGUCUUUGGGUUUUGUUUCUGCAUUCAGUCAUCUGAGUACAACCCAGUUUACUUGCAAGGUAGAAUUGACAACUUCUUAAAUGGCCUGGAAGAAUUGUUGGAUGGACUUGAUGGUCAUUCCUUUGAGAAUUACAAAAGCGGUUUAAUGGCAAAGCUGCUAGAGAAAGAUCCUUCACUCACAUAUGAAAGCAAUAGAUUGUGGAACCAGAUUGUUGAAAAAAGGUAUAUCUUUGAUUUCCCAAAGAAGGAAGCAGAGGAAUUGAGGCAUAUAACCAAGCAUGAUGUUGUUGAAUGGUACAAGACUUAUUUUAAACCGUCAUCUCCAAAGUGUAGGCGGCUACUCAUUCGGGUAUGGGGUUGCAACACAGACUUGAAAGAGGCUGAAGCACUACCCGAAUCUGUGCAGGCCAUUACAGAUGCAGCAGCUUUUAAGAUGCAAUCCAAUAUGCAAAAUGAAUAG